UCAGCAGACCGACCGAUUGGGGAUGAUAUUCCUCGUUCGUACUAGUCCACGUUAGGUUACCCAGCGAAUCGGUCACAAAACUGGCCUCGAGUGACAACGUAUUGGGUGCUUCACGUGAGCUAGUAAGUUUAAGUUUGCUAUGUGAGAAGGAAGUUGAGUGUGCUGUUUUUUGGAAGAAAGUCCCUUUUUGUCUACAAGUGCAUGUUUUUCUGUUAGUGACGAUUAUCAGGAUUCUACAGCAUUAUGACCUGUGAAGAGAGCAGCCACCACGUUAAGGCAAAGGAUUCGCGUCCAUCGAUGCCCGGUUUGAACCAAAAUGGCUACAAAGGAUCAAUUGAUAUAAAAAAGAAGAAAAAUGCAUGUUGGUUGGGCACCGGUCACAGCGCAUGGAACACGAUAUGCAUUGUCCUCGCUGAGUUCCUGGGUACAGCCAUGCUUAUGUUUCUGGGUUGCAUGUGUACCGUCACUGGGUUCGGUCAUAAACCGACCAAUAUGUCUUCCGGUUUGGGCUUCGGUAUGACAGUGAUGAUGGUGAUCAUAAUUUUCGGUUGCGUUUCUGGUGCCCACAUCAAUCCAAGCGUUUCGAUCGCUGCCUGGAUCUACGGCAUUCUCACGUUACCGAUGCUGAUUUUAUAUGUGAUGGCACAUAUUGCCGGUGGGCUGGUUGGUUUCGGACUGCUGAUGACUGUCACACCAUCUGAGAUUUUCUCUAUUGCCCUAGACGUUGGACAAGGCACCUGUGUAACUGCGCCACACGCAGAUCUGACAACACUGGAUACAUUUUUGUUGGAAUUUUUCAUCACAGGAAUCUUGGUCUGGACAAACGUUGCCAUUUGGGAUCCAAGAAACCGCAAACUGACGGACUCGAUUCCUCUCAAAUUCGCUUUGAUAGUAGGAGGUAUAUCGAUUGCCGGUGGACCGUACACUGGUGCUAGUAUGAACCCGGCCCGAACUCUUGCUCCAGCUAUUUGGAACUCAAGCUUCAAAAUGAUAUGGGUUUACAUGGUAGCUCCUCCACUGGCCGGUAUCGUUUUCACUCUCAUAUACAAAUAUGUGUUCCGGAGAGAGGUCCCCGAUGAUGAACCGUUGACAAAAGCUAUUUCGAGGCCGGAAACUGUGCAGCACCAGACGGUUUGCGUUUGUACGUGCAAGACCCUACCCAGUGUUCAACUAACCGACGAUAAUUUGCAAAAAGUGUGAAAAUAUAUCGAUUAGAAAUAUGCUCUCAGGAUCAUAUAGGGAAGCAUUCUUCCUCGUAUCCUGUAGUGUGUAGAAUUGUUUAGUUAAGGGAACAUCAUCUACCGUAAUGUCAUGGGAUAUUUGCUCAAACAAGUGUUACAUUUACAUAUAUUGCAUUAGAAAGAGAGUUACAGUCUUACAUCACCUAAUGAUAUUGUAAUAUUAUAAGUAUUAGUUUGGUUUGCUUUGAAUAUUUGAUUUCCGAAAAUGCAUCUGAAUCAAAUAUCUCGAUACUAACUUAUAGAAUAUUUUACUCGUCAUAUCAUUAAGAGUUUCUAGAACUAUUACUGUUUUAAUUAUUAUGAUCA